CUUGUAUUGGGAGGUGGGACUGCGUGUUCCAUUGGAAUUGUUGUUUAUCAAAUUCCUGGUUGAGAACUUGCGAUUCAAAAUGUUCAGGUAGAACUGCUCCAAUACCGAGGAAAGAUGGUACGACUUUUCCUGUACGUGACGCUGCUAUUUCAUGUGUAUAUGUUAUGCGAGGGGAAUGGUUCAAAUGUUGAAAAGAAGUUGGAGCAUUUGGAAAAUAUCAUUUCUGGAAUGCAGACCUUCAUUAUGCACGACAUGUUACUGAUGAAGACAAAGUUAGCUGAGACGGACAAAAAAAUAGAGCAGAUAUUUGAUCGACUUGAUAACAAACACAGUGUUCCCCGUCUAGACGAACACCACGAUGAAUCAUACGUUAACAUGGAACUACAAAUGAGAUUUACAGAACUCACAAACAAGUUUGAGACUAAACUGGAUAGUUUAGCAGAGACUUUAUCAAAUCAAACGAAGGUAAUUGCAGAUCUUGAACACCAAUUUGAAAAUAGUAAGAUUAACUCUAACGAUAAGAUGUUUGAAAUGACGUUGAACAGAAUUAAACGCGCCUUUAUGAUCGAAAAGGUAAUCUUGGCUAAGGAAUCUCGCUCUCUUCAUGAAACAUCGGAAACGUUAAGGAAAGUAUCAAAAACCAUCAUAACAGAUGUCAUUACUACUAUAGAAGCGUUGAACAGGACACAAGCAAUUUCUGUCAAUAACAUGAAACAAGAAAUUCAAACUGUGGCUUUUUCUGUUAAAGAGGACUUCAGAGAAACAGUUAAGAAGAUAUCUAAAGAUGUUGUCAAAACUAUCAACGACACUGGAAACCAUCUGAUAGGAAAUGUCUUAGAACUGAAAACAUAUCAGACCGAACUCAACAAUUUAACAAUUGCCCAAUUACAGGAAAUACAGCUACUUCAUUCUCGACUUGAUGAUAUUCUCUUAGUCACGAAUAGCGAUAACAUGAAGUUAAAUAUGAUAUAUGAAGUUACUACAAUGGACCAUGGGUUUAUUGGAAAAAACCUGUAUUACAGUUAUACCGGAUCGGGCGACGCUGAUUCACCAUUAGUUAAGUAUUUCUACGUGCCCAGCGCCAGAGCAAGACUUGCCAAUGCCACACUAUACGUCACAAACGGUGUUCAGGGUCGGCUUGAGGUUAACGUGAAUGGAGAAUGGGGAACAGUGUGUGAUUAUAACUUUAAUACUAUAGAUAACUCAACUGCUGACACAGACGAAGAGACAGUCGCGUGUAGAACCCUGAACGCGGGGUUCGCCAAAGGGCUGGCCCUGCCUAAUACUCCCUUUGGUCAGAAUACGGGGCAGAUGAUGAUGAGGAAAGACUGUGAUGGCCAAGAACAUUCAUUACAUGAUUGUAGGGACAAUGGGGAUCCAACCUUUUGUGGGCACGAAAGGGAAGUACACUUGCGUUGUUUUGAAUAAAGUCUUAGACAGGGAACUGGACGUUUGUUACUGGAGUAAGGAUUGUGAUUUGGAUAGUGAUUAUAUAUUUGAGUGUCAAAAAAGGAGACCGGUUGUUGUGUAAAUGAUUCUCUGUGAUGUUUUUGAAUGAUUGUUUAAGUUAACCUUUAUAAAAAUGGACUUGUGUUAAGGAUAUUACGCCUCGUUAUUUGGGUAUGUAGAACUGAUAAAAACGAAACCAGUUUAUACGUAUAUAAUUGUUUAAACAUAUUUUAUUCAGCAUAGGCAUUGGCUCGAUGUAACAUAUGUUGUACAAUAAUAAACAUGACAUAUUUUAACGGAUUUAAACGAAAGCCUAUCUUAUAAUGGUUUGUUUCCGGCCAAUCACUUUGCCUGUUUCUAUUGUAUAACAACACUACAUACGUCAAGUACAGCCAUAGCGUAGUUUCUUAUAUAAUAAUAUUAACUUUAUUUCGGCCUACUUAUUCGCAUCAAACUAUUCGCAGAACAAUAAAUAAAAUCUUCAUUUUGCGACUCAUGUGUCAUGUAAUAAAAGUAAUGUUUUAUGAGUUGUUAAUUUACAAAAGGUGUUGUGAAUUCGAAAAGGAUAUGGUAAAUCCCGUCAAAGAUUCCCUUUAAAAAAAUCUAAAUUUGUUGCAUAACAUUUUUUCAUCUAAUGACAUCUUACCUAAGAUCUUAAUAUAUAAUGAAAAAAUAUUUUCAUGAGGCCAUUAAUGCAGACACAAGCGAGUCUGUUUUUCGAUGUUCAUGACCGGACGUCUGCUACUAGUGCUUUCAA